GGACUGACCCCUAGCAGACCCCCAGCAGGUCCUUCCUCAGGCCAGAGAAAGGGCAUUUUAUACUGAUUAUCAGGAAUUUUGCAGCUGCUACAACAACCAGGGAACCAAGAAGAUGAGAAGAUCUCAGAGUUCAAUUCAACUUUCCAACUAAGGCCACGUCCUUAUCCAGGCUCGGGGCUUGAGGAGCAUCUCACCAUGUACAACCAGCAGAGCUUCCAGGGCUUUGCCCACAGCCCGGGGCUGAUGCAGGAUGCCAACUGCCAGUACAACAUGGGUAGCUAUGCUGGCAUCAGCCACCCCCACCACCCACAGGCCUUCUACUCCUUCUCCACAGUCAAGUCAUCAGACUAUGGGGAUCUGGGGGUGCAGGCCAUGGGGGACUGCCCGGCCCAGGUCAUGCACUGGAGCCACCUGCCGCAGCUGGACCCUGCCAGCCAGCUGGGCAUCCAUGGGGAGCAGCAGAUGUCCAGCCCGGGGGGCAACAAGGGUCGCAACGUGAAAAGAGAGAGGGGCCAUGAAGUGGAGGUGAAAGUGGAACCUCCUCCGGCCAAGUGUAACCCCACCUUGCCCAGCAAUCCCCCCAGCAGCGCAGCAGCUUUCUACCCCCAGAUCUGGGAGAGCAAUGGCGUCACCCUGUGGCCAGGGGCCCCCGGCGCAGGUACUGCUGCGCCCUCCAGCAAGCCGCAAGCCACCGUCAAGCCCCAAGCCGCGGCUCCCCCGGUGCAGCAACAGCAGCCGUACCCCUCUAACCGGAGCCCCAAUGCGGCUGCCGAGAGCGGCAUCUCCAGCAUAGAGACCAGCCGCUGCAACAGCGCCACCAGCUCGGGCUCCAGCGCCAACAACACCACCCCCAGGAGCAUGUCCAGCGGGGCCAGCGAGGGCAUCGGCAGCGACAAUGAGGAGGAAGUCCCGACAUCCGCUGAGAUGGAACAGUUUGCGAAAGACCUUAAGCACAAGCGGAUCACGCUGGGCUACACACAAGCAGACGUUGGCUAUGCCCUAGGGGUCCUUUUUGGCAAAACCUUCAGUCAGACGACCAUCUGUCGCUUUGAGUCUUUACAGUUGAGCUUCAAAAACAUGUGUAAACUGAAGCCCCUGCUGAGGAGCUGGCUGCACGAGGUGGAGAAUAACGAGAACCUGCAAGAGAUCAUCAGUCGUGGUCAUGUUCUUCCUCAAGCCCAGAAGCGAAAGCACCGGACCAGCAUCGAGAACAACGUUAAACGCCGUCUGGAGAAUUAUUUCAUGCAUUGCUCAAAGCCAGGUGCCCAGGAAAUUUCCCAAAUUGCCAGAGAGCUCAGCAUGGAUAAAGAUGUUGUCCGAGUGUGGUUCUGCAACCGCCGACAGAAGGGAAAACGCCAGGUGCACCCCUACCUCAGGGAGAACGGGGGCGAAGCCUAUGACAUCGUACAGUCACUGUCACCUCCUAACGCCGGGCCCUACUCCCUGUCACAAGUGAUGCCUUCCCAAGGUUUUGCCCCACCCUCCCUGGGUUCUAAUCCUGCACUUUACAUGUCUGCCUUCCACAAAAGUGAGGUAUUCCCGCAGGCCAUGCCUCACGGAAUGCCAAUGAGCAACCACAAUGGAUAAACCUACCACCCCUGUCAUAGUUCUAGAAUAUAAUCUUUUGUUUCUGUUUUCCUAAAUAUGGGGCCGGGUACGGAAUGGGCGAAGAGAUUUCAUUGCUGGUGUAGCUUGAGUUUUGGGUCAUAGAGUUGGUCAUAUUCUCAUCUUAUCAUCAUGGUUCUCGUGAUUCCGAGAAGAAGAAAAACACGUUAAACAAGAAAGUCUGAGGCUUAAACUGCGUGGAAUUCAUUACAUUAUUAUUAUUACACCGUAUAUCUUAAAUUAUUCCUGAGUGACUAACUUUAGUGCAUUAUUUCCUAUGCUACCAGGGUCACACGCUAUGUUUUAUUCUUGCAGAGAUACAGUAAUAAUUUGGUCCAUGCUAUGGGACCCGUUUAGGGGUAGGUACAACAUUUGCACCUGAGAAACGAAAUUGCACCACAAAACAUUUGCAUUCCAGGGGCCGGAUUUGCACCUAACUCGAAAUGAAUCCCAGUGGCGCUACUGCUUGGCAUCCGCAUGAUAGAUCUACAGUGUCUGGAUAAACAGUCAAUAGGUCAAUCGUCGGGGUCAAAAGGGCGACAGGUAAAAGGUAGGCAGUGCUUAAAGUCGACAGGUAGAAAAGGUCGACAGGUUCAAAAGGUUGACAUGGCAGCAGUCGACGCAAGUUUUUGUGGGGGUUUCACAUACUUUUCAGCUUUUGCUUGAUUGACCAAGCACAGCGUUAGUGAAGCGAGCCACCUUGCCCGAAGUGUGGCGAGCGAAGGGUAUACAUUUGCAAUAAUGACGGCCAGAUAUGAUGAAACAGAAAAUGUCAGCCAAUUUUUUUUAAACGUGUGUUGACCAUUUCCGUGUCGACCGUUUGACCUUUUGUACCUUUCCUACUGUACAUUUUCCAUGUUGACCUUUUGACCCUGAGUAUGACCACAUAAGCAUGUGCAGGAGCCGACACAAGUGUGCCACUCUGGAACUUCCGGAUCACAGACUACCUCCUCCACCCCUUUGCUCUGGGACAUAGACGGCCCAUCUGGGUCGCCCCUGUAGUCCCUGAGCUGGCAACCCCAUGUCGGCUCCUGCGCACAUCUGUGGUUGACUGUAAUUAAUGUAGAUCUCCUAUAGCACACCCCUACUGCUAUUAGGCAAAUCUAGGCACUUGCCUAUGGCACCAAUCUUUAGAGGGGCUUUUAAAACAUUGAGAAGGGGGCAUGUAUCAAGCCUUGGAGAGAGAUGAAGUGGAGACGUUUCCCAAAGCAACUAUGAAAUGAGAGGUGCUUUUUCUAGAAGGUCUGAUACAUCUCUCCCUUCAGCUGAAAAGCAGAAUGUGUCGCCGCCAUCUCCCGCCUGCUGAGAUAAGGAGCGGCAGUGAGCGUGGCGACAAUUCGAGCACCCAGGCCUGGAUGCGCCUAAUGCUGCCCCUUAAUACAGGUAUGGGAUCUGUUGUUCCGAAUAGCUGGGCCAUAAUUUGGAGCACCAUGCCUAACUGCCCCUUUCUCCUCAUUAAAUAAUUUAGCAGUGUUCCUCUCAGUGACUGCAAGAGGAGACAUUUUGUGAUCAUGAAAUGAUCACGUAGCAGCAGCGAUUAUUUACUUUCCCCCCCUUUUCUGCUGUUCAUGUACAAACUGGGUUUCCGGAUACGUCAUCUAUCCCAUACCUGUAUUUUAUAACUUCUGUCUUAGGGGUCUAUUUA